AUGAGUAAAGUCUAUGAUUGGUUCGAAGAACGUCUUGAAAUUCAGGCGAUUGCCGAUGAUAUAACCAGUAAAUAUGUUCCGCCUCAUGUGAAUAUAUUUUAUUGUUUAGGAGGAAUUACACUUACUUGUUUUUUAGUCCAAGUAGCAACGGGAUUUGCUAUGACUUUUUAUUAUCGUCCGACCGUUACUGAAGCUUUUGCUUCUGUUCAAUAUAUAAUGACUGAAGCUAACUUUGGUUGGUUAAUCCGAUCCGUUCAUCGAUGGUCGGCAAGUAUGAUGGUCUUAAUGAUGAUCCUACACGUAUUUCGUGUGUAUCUCACAGGCGGUUUUAAAAAACCUCGCGAAUUAACUUGGGUUACGGGUGUAGUUUUGGCUGUAUUGACUGCAUCUUUUGGUGUAACCGGUUAUUCCUUACCUUGGGAUCAAAUUGGUUAUUGGGCAGUCAAAAUUGUAACAGGCGUACCCGACGCUAUUCCUGUAAUAGGAUCGUCUUUGGUAGAGUUAUUACGCGGAAGUUCCAGUGUGGGACAAUCUACCUUAACUCGUUUUUAUAGUUUGCAUACUUUUGUAUUACCUCUUCUUACUGCUGUAUUUAUGUUAAUGCACUUUUCAAUGAUACGUAAGCAAGGCAUUUCUGGUCCUUUAUAG